UAAUCAUUUUCAGUACAGUAAAUACACGCGCGUUAUGUAACAUUGACCAGUGGAUGUAAACAAGAAGCUGGUUUAUUGUUGUUGAUCAGCUAGGACUAGCUUGAAAGUCACAAAAUGCUGAAAAAUCUUACACGAUUGAGACCGGUUGUGUUAAAUUUAGCUAGGCCUAGACAAAUAAUAGUGAAAACAACGCUGUCCGGCAAUUUCAACAAAGUAGGCCAAGGCCUGUGUCGGCUAAUAAGCGUCAGAUAUUGUCACAAUGAAAAGACAAGUUCUCCAAACAAUACCGAUACAGAAACAGAUUCUAGCAAUCAUGAUAGUGCUGAAGAAGAAACAAUCACAGAAGAUGAUAUUAAAGCGCACAUUCUUGUAGAAUCACUGAAUUUCGUAGAAACACACGGCUGGUCCAUUGAGGCCCUUGCAGAAGGCGCCAAGGCUGUUGGCUACCCUGGAGUGGCACAUGGUAUGUUUGAAAGAGCUGGGGGUGAUUUGGUGCACUAUUUCGUGGCUCAAUGCAACAAGAGUUUAGCUGAACGACUCGCUAAAGAUGCAAAAGAGACGGAAGAAAACCCUGAUUUACCGAAUAGGAAAGUAUCACAGAUUAUACGGGAUGCUAUUGAAAUGCGACUGCGUAUGAUCAUCCCUUAUGUAAAGCAUUGGCCUCAAGCUAUGGCACUUACUGCGGUACCAAGUAACACAAUAGAACACUUUAAAAACCUGUCGAAGCUCAUGGAUGACAUAUGGUAUUAUGCUGGUGACAAUUCUGCAGAUGUAAGUAAAAAGGGUCAGUGGCAUAUUGGCCUUUCCUUCAAUCGCUGA